CUUCACCUCUUAUUUAUAUCCCCCUCUCUCUAGCCUGUACUCAUCUCCUUCCACUAACUAUGGCCUCCAUUGAACAGAGUAGUUAAGAUAAGAAAAGGGGAUCUUCUUCUCUACCCAUUUGAAGCCAAACUCCAUGAAUUCUCGUUCAUGAUCAUGUAAUCAUCUAUUCUGAUGCCAACUCUUGCUUCUCACAAUCCUUAAGUACAGCGAGAUAGAGAGAGAGAGAGAUCCCACUCAUAUUGCUUUAUCUCAACAUGUCGGCCGCCGUAGCCGCUGCAGCAGCCGCGGCGUUGAGCAGCCGGUGCAACUCCAUUGGCACGACCUCCGCCGCCCCUGCCGCUGCAAGAUCCGGUCUCCACCAGUCGUUCACAUAUCCUCCGCCAGUGUUGCUGCCGCCAGCCCUGAGCCGCUACGAGUUGCAGAAGCGGCGUGACUGGGGUGCGUUCCAGCAGUACCUGCGCGACCACCGGCCGCUGCUGCUUCUGACGCGGUGCAGUGCCGGGCACGUGCUCGAGUUCCUCAGGCACCUCGACCAGUUCGGGAAGACCAAGGUCCACGCCGAGGGCUGCCCCUUGUUCGGGUGCCCGCAGACGUCGCCGGCGUGCCCGUGCCCGCUGCGGCAGGCUUGGGAGAGCCUCGACGCGGUCGUGGGGCGGCUGCUGGCGGCCUUUGAGGAGAGCGGCGGGGACCCGGAGGCGAACCCGUUUGGGGCGCGGGCGGUGAGGGUGUACCUGAGGGAGGUGAGGGAUGCGCAGGUCAAGGCCAGAGGGAUCGUUCGAGACAAGAAGCGGUAGAAGAAGCAAUGCGAAGAGCCGAGGUCGGCCGCAAUAAUGUUUCCGCACGAACGAUUAUAGCGGUGUUCGACUGCUUGAUUGAUGCUGGAGAGAAUUUUCAAGAAUAAUUAAUCAAUUUCAUGUGGCUUUUUAUUUUCUUGAUCUUGUGUAGCUAUUACUAGAUGGAUCGACCACACGAUACAUCAUUUUGUGAAUUUCAACCAUUGAAUUUUU